CGCCCAUUGUGCUGUCGUCAUCAGUGACGCAUCAUAGUUAAGCGCGCGCUUCAUUUCGUUCAUUUCGUAAACGGCGGUUCUUUGGUUUGAUAACUAUUUUUUUCGAAGUAGAAAUUAUGUUUUUCAUCCUAAACAGACAAAGGAAUUCGGUCAUCAUGUGUAGUCAAGGUGGUAGGACUUGUUUUCUUUAACCCGCUGAGUGACAUCAGGCACGAUCUGUCACGGCACUGCCUCUUAUCCAGAAACAUCUGUGUGUGGUACCCUCUGUUGAAAGUGCCUUAGAGCAAGACUGUUCUUCUGUUACCUGUUUGGUAAGUGUGUCUCCUCACCAGACCUGCAUGGACUCUGUGACCACAGAAUUUUUACAGAAAUGUGUGGGGAUUUCUGCAGAAUUUCAGAGAGCUCUUCACAUCCCCCAUUUCUUACAUGUUCAUAUUAAAUAUUUAGCUACUUUUGAUGAUUCCCUCUAAGAUGUGUAGCAUUCUCAGCUCAGUUUAACACAUUUUAUACCAUAUUUGAAUUAAUUUUAGAUAUCACCAUGCAGUCAUUUUACAAAAUAUGUUACAAAGUGCCAUAGACUCCAUGUGGGUCUUCUCAUCAUGUUGCAUUUUUUAACACAAAGCAGUCGGUCUCAUUUUGCUGUGUUUGCCUCCUUGACUUUGAUAGAUCCAACAAAAUGACUCCCAACGGAUAUUUAAUAUUUGAAGAUGAGAGCUUUCUUGAUUCUACUGUGGCCAAAAUGAAUGCUUUGCGUAAAAGUGGCCAGUUUUGUGAUGUCAGACUGCAGGUCUGUGGACAUGAGCUGAUGGCCCAUAAGGCUGUGCUGGCCUGCUGUAGUCCUUACCUAUUUGAGAUUUUUAAUACUGACUCUGAGCCACAGGGUGGGGUUUCGCUGGUAAAAUUUGAUGACCUCAACCCUGAUGCUGUGGAGAUCUUGCUCAACUAUGCCUACACAGCCCAACUGAAGGCAGAUAAAGAUCUGGUUAGUGAUGUGUAUUCUGCAGCACAGAAGCUCAAACUGGAGAGGGUAAAACAGAUCUGUGGAGACUACCUGCUAUCAAAAAUGGACUCCCAGAGUGCUAUUUCAUACCGCAACUUUGCUAGUAGAAUGGCUGAUGGGCGGCUUCUGGGCAAGAUUGAUGCAUUUAUACAGGACCAUCUUCAGGAGAUCUCAGAACAGGAUGACUUCCUUAAACUUCCUCGGCUGAAACUGGAGGUUAUGCUAGAGGACAACCUGAAUUUGCCAGGUAAUGGCAAACUGUACUCAAAAGUGAUAAGCUGGGUACAGCGCAGCCUGUGGAAGAAUGGAGAUCCCCUGGAGAAACUGAUGGAAGAGGUGCAAACGCUGUACUACUCAGCAGAUCACAAAUUGCAUGAUGGGAGCCUGCUUGAGCGGCAGGCAGAGGUCUGCAGCUCUGAGGAUGACCACAUUCAGUUUGUGCAGAAGAAGCCUCCUCGAGAAAGAGAUGAGAUGAGCUCAGGUGCCUCUGGCAGCCUCUCUCCUUCCAACAGCCAGUUCAACAAGCAUGAAUGGAAGUAUAUUGCCUCAGAGAAGACCACCAACAAUGCCUACCUGUGUCUGGCUGUUCUCAGAGGUAUGCUGUGUGUGAUCUCCCUGCAUGGCCGCACCAGUCCUCAUACUUCCCCAUCUGCUACGCCAUGUGUGCUGAAGAGCCCGAGCUUUGAGGCUCAACCAAUAGAUCUGCAGGAGAAGCUGUUGAAGCCCAUGCAUUAUGCUCGCUCAGGCCUGGGAACUGCUGAACUGGACGGCAAGCUUAUUGCUGCAGGUGGCUAUAAUAGAGAAGAGUGCUUGAGGACUGUGGAGUGUUAUGACCCAAAGAAGGACUGCUGGACUUUCAUCGCUCCCAUGCGCACUCCACGGGCUCGCUUCCAGAUGGCUGUGCUAAUGGGUGAGCUUUAUGUAAUGGGUGGCUCCAAUGGUCACUCAGAUGAGCUGAACUGUGGAGAGAUGUUUAACCCCAAGGCUGAUGAGUGGAUUCAAGUUCCUGAGCUCCGCACCAACCGUUGCAAUGCAGGUGUGUGCUCAUUGCAAAACAAGCUUUUUGUGGUGGGUGGAUCUGAUCCUUGUGGCCAAAAGGGCUUAAAGAAUUGUGACUCCUUUGACCCAGUGACAAAAAUGUGGACCAGCUGUGCACCCCUUAACAUCAGGAGGCACCAGGCAGCGGUGUGUGAGUUAAGUGGAUUUGUGUACGUGAUAGGUGGUGCCGAGUCCUGGAACUGCUUAAACUCAGUAGAGCGCUACAACCCAGCAAACAACACAUGGACCCUGGUGGCCCCCAUGAACGUGGCCCGUCGUGGAGCUGGUGUCGUUGUGUAUGAAGGGAAGCUGUUUGUGGUUGGAGGAUUUGACGGCUCUCAUGCGCUGCGCUGUGUGGAGGUGUAUGAUCCAGCCAAGAAUGAGUGGAGGAUGCUGGGAAGCAUGACAUCAGCACGGAGCAAUGCAGGGCUGGCUGUGCUGAACGGUGUGCUCUGUGCAGUCGGGGGCUUCGAUGGAAAUGAGUUUCUCAAUACCAUGGAGACGUAUGACCCAGAGAACAAUGAGUGGAGCCCAUUUAUUGAGGCAUUAACGAAGAACUGAAGGAUGUCCGGAUCUCUCCUUUCCUCAAACUGACUAACAUUGUAAUGUGAUUGUUUUACUGAUGUUCCUCUGUUUCGGAUGCUGAGGAGAGAAACUCUGAUAGAAGCUUAUUUGAAGUUGCCCAAAGCAACAUAAAUCCUUUGCAUAUUGCAUAAUUACUAUGUAUAUAGUUUUUUUUUCUCUCUUUCUCUCUCUUUUGCUUCAUGCUAAAAAGCCAAUGAUGAAAAUUCCAGUUUUAACACCAAUUAAUGUUUAAUCUCAUUUAUCACUGUAUUUAAAACAUUAGACCGGAUUUCUUUUUUUUUUUUUUUCCUUUUUUUUUUUCAAAAAGGUGCAAAAAUUAAUAAACCGUUUCAACUUGGA